CUGGCAGUGCUCAUCAUUUUUUGGUACUGUAUCCAGAGUGAAAGAGUAGGAACUGUCCAGUUUCUUCAGAGGCAAACCAUGGAUUCUCUAUUUGUGCCUGAAAAUGGCUACCUUGAUUUACUGCACAGUGAUAUUGAUCCAUUGCAUCUGUGUACUUUCUUUGAUCCUAAGUUCUCUGGAGAUGAAGAAGGUGAUUUCUCUACAGAUCUUGAAGCUGAUGCCAGCAACUAUGAACAGGUAAAUAAUGUGGAUUUCCCAUAUGAAAAUGGAGAUGGGUUCUACCCCUGUUCCAACCCCACGGAUGCUUAUGCUAAAGUAGCUGAAUUAGUCGAAUAUGUGCUCAAGGAUCAGCAAGAGAAGCAGGUUGAAGACAUUUUUGCAGGGAACCUUAUUUUGGAUGACAUUGCUGCUGAAAACCCUGAGAAACUUCCUGACAUAAAGUUGCAGACAUGUCUUAAACGGACUUUCUUAGGCUCUGCAGCAGAGAGUUACUGUGAUGCUUCCGAACCCAAAUAUAAGAAAGUUGUGGAAGUCCCUGCAGUGUCUUCAGGGAAUGGCAGUUUCUUUGCUGUGCCUCUCAACAGCCUCCCAGUGAGCUGCACCUCCAUAAGUAACCAGCACAUGUCCUUUCCUGUUCCUGCUGCCCAUGGGCUGGAAAGAAGCCUCAUCAUUCCUGGAUUGACUCCAGAGUGCCUAUCAGCCAGUGUGAAAGGGUACCAAGAAAAUCCAAGCUUGGCAGGUCCUCCUCAGCAGAUAUUUAACUUUGUUCUUGAAAAUGGAACAUCUGAUGUUAUGGUAUAUCCAGUGCUGACAUCUUCCAUGGAAACAUUCAUGUCUCCAAGUAUUCCAGUCAAUUUAUGUGCACACAGUACGUAUGCCACAAGCCCAUGGAUUCCAGAUGCAGCAGCAGACAAAUUAGCACAUUUAGAGACAUUUCAAGAAGUUCAAGAUUCCAUGAUUCCUUCUGAAGAAGAAGAACCUUUCAAAAGACCAGAGCAAGUGGAGACCUUCUGUUCAUCGCUUAAAGAUUAUUUCCGAGACACAUGCAAAUCUGUGACCAUGGAGCGGGAAAUGAACCUGGAUCACCUGUUCAUCAAUGGGACACUUGUUCAAAGUCAGACUGAAACCAAGACUGGAAAGAAUAGUGCAAAAGCAAUGGAAAAGGAGCUGGUAACCUGCAGCCUGCAAGAGAAGGAAAAGACAGCCAUUGACAGAAGCCAAAUAUUUCAAAUCUCACAGCGUAAAGACUUAGAGACUAAAGUGAUUGUGGUGCUGGGAAAAGCAGGAAUGGGCAAAAGCAUUCUGGUUCAGAAGAUCUGCCAGGACUGGUCCAAUGGAGAGUUUGCUCAGUUUGAAUUUGUGUUUUGGUUUGACUGCAAACAAAUCAGCUUGCCUGAGAAGCAAUACAGCCUGAAGGAACUGCUGCUUGAAUUUUUUGUAAAACCUCGAGAGGGAAGCAAUGAGAUCUUUGAGUAUAUAUUACAAAAUCCUGCUAAAGUCCUUCUGAUUUUUGAUGGUUUUAAAGGAUUGCAUGAUCAUGAGAAUUCUCCUCGUUGCUUAGCCAGCCAGCCUGAAAAGGAUUUGUGCAGUAUAAAGGAGCUGCUUUCAGGACUCAUCCAAAAAAAGAUACUCAAUGGCUGUACUUUAUUGUUUACAGCAAGACCGAAAGACAAGCUGUACCAGUACAUGUCCAAAGUAGAUAAGACUAUUGAAAUAGUAGGAUUUUCCCCUCAGCAGAGAGAAUUGUACAUAACCAGAUAUUUUGAAGAAUCACCGUACUGUGAUAGUGCACUGAAGUUAAUCAAAGAGUGUGAGUACUUGUUCAGUCAUUGCUACAGCCCUGUUAUGUGUAGAUUUGUUUGUUUUCUCUGUGAGGCAGUGCUUGAAAUGGGAGAGAAAAGUCUUCCUUCAACUCUUACUGAAGUCUUCCUGAAAUGUUUUCAGCAGAAGAUAAUGCUUAUGCAAACAGAUAUUACAGCCACGCAAAAUCAAGACAGUCUUGCUACCCUAGCCCGUAUAGCCUGGUGUCUUGGAGAAAAGCACCAAAGUGCUAUGAAAAGUGAUCUUAUUCCUUCUAAGGAAGUUAAAGAGUUUGCUCUGAAGCACGGGUUUGUCCUGCCAUUUGCAUUCCCCAGACAUUCAGACAGUGAAGAAGAGGAAUUUGGGAGCACAUUCUCUGAUUUUGUCAUUCAGAAUUUCUUGUGUGCGCUUCACCUUUUGUUAGCAGAAGAGCUCAAGGAUAAAAAUCUAACAAAGUACUUGUCUUUUCUAUCCAAGAAGAAAAAACCCUAUAACUGGUUAGAUUUAAUGCCUCGGUUUUUGGUUGGUUUGAUGUUUCUCCAGGAUGAUCCCUAUUUCUGCUCUCUUUCAAAUGAAGAUGCAAAACAAUCAACCAAGAAGCAGAAGACACUCCUGAAAUACAUUAGAAGGCUGCAGAUUAAUACUCUCUGUCCAGAGAGGUUGCUGGAGCUUUUAUGUUGUGCUUAUGAAACACAGAACAAUUAUCUUCUGCAGCACGUGGCCUUAAGACUUGAGCCAGACUUGUCUUUUCUGGGCAUAGUUCUUACACCACCUGACGUCCAUGUACUGCUCUCUAUUUUGAAAAGGUCAAGAAAAGAGUUUUCCUUGGAUUUACGAAACAGCAGCAUUGACAUGCAAGGGCUGCAAGCCCUGGUCAGCCUCAGGAAUGUGACAUCGUUCAGGGCCUCCCUCGGUGACACAGUCAGGCUCUGGAAAUCUUUAGAGCAGACAAAAGACUACGAACUGCUGAAAGCAUCCACAGAGAAAUUUGUUCUCAAUCCCUUUAAGGCAAAGACCAUGAAGGACAUCAGUGACCUCUCCGACCUCGUAGAGAUGCAGGAGAAGAUGAUGGACUGUGUGCAAGAAGCAUCUGGUAGCACCAGCCACGGAAUUCCUGCCAUCAGGAACCUCAGGAAACUCGAAUUUGCGCUGGGUCCAGCAUGUGGCCUUCAAGGAUUGCAAAAACUCGUGAAAAUCCUUGCAGCAUUUCCAUCACUUCAGCAUUUAGACCUUGAUGCUCUGAGUGAAAAUGGCAUAGGAGAUGAAGGAGCAAAGAGUCUCUCUGAAGUUUUUCCAACCCUGAGAUCACUGGAAACAUUAAAUUUAUCACAGAAUAAAAUAACAGACCUGGGUGCAGAGAACCUUGCUGCAGCUCUCCCUUCCUUGUCUUCCUUAAAAACACUAAGCUUGUACAAUAACAACAUUUGUGAUUCUGGAGCAGAAAACCUGGCAAAGGUUCUUCCUGCAAUGACAUCUUUAAGAGUGCUAGAUGUUCAGUAUAACAAAAUAACUGGUGUUGGAGCCCAGCAGCUGACUGACAGCCUACGAAAAUGUCCCCAUAUAAAGAACUUGGUGAUGUGGAAUCCCACCAUUCCCUAUGGAGUUCUUGAACACCUUCACCAGCUGGACUCUAGGAUCAGUGUGUAGAUUCAGAGGAUUCCGUAAAGGUGCCAUAAAGAAGAGGGGAGAAUGUCCUCUGUGCCUUCCUGUCUUCUUGCUGCUUUAGGAAUUGGUAUUUUCAUGUUUGUUGCAAAAAAAGUCACGUUUAAGAUACUAUGCUAAAAUUGGGUGAAUGAUAGAGUUUUAAAAUGCUAUUCAAAGACCCAACUGUAUUUCUACUUAAGUGGUAAAAGAGUUAAGCAACAUCAAGUUUCAAAGAUGAAAAGAGCAUCUGGAUACCGUGACCACCAUUAAAGGAGUCCAGGAACCAGCAGGAUAUUGUGAGUAUAAAAUUCCAUCAUCCAGUCAUCGAAGAGCAAACUGAAAGCUGCUCAAGCUGCAAUAUCUGAAGCACUGACAGAUCAAAUCUGAUUGUUUGUGUCAUGGUGCCAGUGGUAACUGCCAUCAAAUUUGGCAGUUUGGACUCAUUUGGACUUUCAAAACUCAAAGUUACAGAGUUCACCUGUCUGUAUGGACUGACUGGAAGCACUAGGGUGAGAAGCAUAGAAAAAAGAAUCAUCAGCCCUAGAAAAUGUUCUGAUAUUAUAAGAUUAUCCACAAGAAUCUAGAAGGUGCUCUUUUCUUCACUAAUAAUCAGUGCUACCCUAAGGGAUAGAAACAUAUCUUCUAUGACUUGUUACAGAAUCCUUCAAAAAUACUGGGAAAAAAAAAAAGUAAUGAGAAGAAAGGCACUGAAAGUGAAAAACUAUGAAGGAUUUUCUAACAUUAUUGCAGAAAUCGAAAUGAAUAAAAAUAGCCAGUUUAUUGUACACAAAUCCUCAAUCAAUCUUUGAAGGUUUUUACUUUGUCGAAAAUGAGAAAUUCAAAUCCAUAUACCUGGAUUGGUACUUAAUUUCUUAAAUGCAGCUGGCAGCAUAAAUGUUUACAAGCACCGAUUUUUAUACUUGACAGUGAUAUCACUACUGUGUGUGGUUUAUGUGGCCUCCUGUGCAGAGCUAUAAGUAACAAGGCAAUCAGACAAAAGCACAUUUCAAAGCACUGUCAUGUCUAUGCUGCUGGUCUCAGUCAUAUGUGGGCCAAAUACUCAUCCUGCUGACUGCAACAGCAAACCAAUUUCUCUUUUAUUCUUUUAUUGCUGCUCUGUGAAAAUGAAAAGAACUUAAAAAUCUGCAGAGGCAAUUCUCAGGUCAGGAGCACCAUUCUGGCUUCCUGUCCAGAUACAGUCUGGGGCAGAACAAGAAAAGGGAUGGGAAAAGCUAGGGAUGCUCAAAAUACUACAAACUGGGAAGUCUAUUCACAGUUAGCUCAGGGUUAGUUCAAGAACCUCUUUGAAAUCUCUUCUGCUAGCAAGCACUGACAAUACUGACCCAAGGAUCUGUGCAAACUAGAAUUUCUCAACUAACCUCUCAAAUACUCUGUUUCUUGGUCUUUAAAAACUCCGAGAUUUAAACAGUUCAAAACCACAACAUUCAUUUUCUUUCCAGCAAGUUCUACUCCUCUGCUUGAGUUUCAGUGCCUGCAGAAUCUUGACAGCAGAGAUGUGGACAAAUUAAAGAAAAAAGGGAGGGAGGAAGGUCUGUUUGUUGUUUUUGAGAGCAAGGAAUCAGACAUAACAUGUGACUGAACAGAGAGCAAGGUGGAAAACCUCUGGAGAAUAUGAGUGUAAUUAGAAUGUGGUGUUUUUCUUAACUAUCUGCAUGGCUCUUCUCUCUAACCAAACUCUAGCCAGUGCCAUGGAUAAAAAAUCUGUUUUAUCCUCUCCUCUCUGAGCUGCUUGGAUGGGAGGUGGUUUGAGCCAAAUCUGGAGUGAUAUUCCCAUCAGCCUGCGGCACUCCAGCCACGCACAUCCGUGGCAAGCCCUUGCCUGGCUUCUCCUAACGAACCUCUGGAUGACAAAUGCCCCUUUAGGGAAAUAUUCUGCAGCUGCACUUUACUGUGACUGAGUCUUACGAUGUGCUAAAUAUUCCAUAGGCAGCUGAAUGUUACAGGAUGCUGUCUGGACUGCUAAAAUCAUGUUGGGUGAACUGCUGUUCUCUGAACUAGUGUACAGAUUGUAAAUUUCGGUUGUCUUUACACAUCUUUUUUAAAGUAUUAAUAAAAGUAAG